AUGAACCGACACAGGUUAUCAGGCGCGCCAUACUACAAUCCUUCGUGCAAGCAGGCUGCCCGAGCAGGAAAGCUCGAGGGGAGGAUGCCUGCAUCGUGGACUGUGACACAACACAGGAGGAGGGCGAAGGCUCCAGACUUUGACAAGAACUUCUUGACAUACAAGGGACAGAGAUGGCCGAGGGAGAUGUUCUUGUUCAUAGCGGAAGAGGUUGCAGUUCCUCGGGAGAAGCUUCAGCAUGUUGCCGACAUCUUCACUGAGAUCAUGUCGCUGAACGUGACGUCCAACCUGCGCCCCAAGGUUCAGUUCCUCAGCAGUGAACUCAAUAUAUCAGGUGAGAGCUUGGGGUUGACGAUCGGAGCCUUUCCUCAGAUUCUUGGAUUGAGUUUGAACCAAAAUCUGAGGCCAAAGAUCAUGUUUUUCCGAGAAACGUUCAAUGUUUCGAUCAAAGAUUUGUUGAGCUACAGUUUGGAAAAUAACAUAAAACCCAAGAUUCUCAUUUUCAAAAAUUAUUUUGGCAUCUCAGAAGCUGAGCUCGGCAAAAUGUUUGUCAGAUACCCGAGCAUCUUUGCAAACAGCAUUGACAAUCAUUUGAUGCCGUUGAUGGACUUCCUGCUGAUAGACAUCGGAGUCGAUGCAAGCCGACUGAAGCCUAACACCGCAUUCUUCACCAACAACCUCAAGAUUGCAAGGAGUGACUUUGCAAGGAUGAUUGAGAAAUGUCCCUGGAUUUUGUGCAUGAAGAUUGAGACGAUACAGAAUAAGAUUGAGUUGAUGACUGAGGAGAUCGGUUUCACCAAGAAAGAAUGCGUUGCGAUGUUGAAGAAGGAACCAUACCUUCUUUCAAGAAGUCGCUAUCGUCUUUGGUCGACAUACAAUGGGCUCGUCGACGCAGGAAUCCCUCACAAGUCUGCGUUGAAUGUGCGACCUGCUAAGUGUCUGCUGGGUUUUGAUGCCCUGCUGCAGUUGUUGAAGAUUUCACCACGAAUCUUGUUGUUCGGCUCCAGAGAGAUCGCAAGAAACAAUAUGGAGAGGCUAAAGGCAUUGGGAUUUGGAGAGAACGAUGUGCUGCGGUUGCUGAAGAAGAAUCCCAACAUUCUCACAACCAUCAAUCUCUCCGACAAUGUUGUGGAGAUUGACAAGCUCCUGUCGUGCUACGGAUUUCAAGACCAAGAAAUCGUCAGAGUAUUCGAAAGAGCACCUCAGAUCAUGGGCUCCAACAUUACAAGAAGUAUAAAGCCUUCCCUCCUCUUCCUGCGCGAUGAAUUGAACCUCUCAGACUCACAGAUUCACAGACUCGUCAAGCGAGCUCCUCAGAUUCUUUCGCUCUCACCCGAUCGCGUCCUGCGGCCUCAUACUCACUGUCUCCUUUACUCCAUCGGCAUCUCUCCUCCGCGGCUCGCAAACGUUCUCUGUCGCGCUCCCUCCCUCCUCUACCUCAGUAUCGAAGAGACUAUCAUCCCCAACUUUAACUUCUUCGUGCGAGAAGGCUUCUUGACAAGACAAGAAUUCUGCGAGGUCAUGCAGAAGAAUCCUUCCAUCCUGUGCGCUAGGUGA